AUUAAAGUGUUACUAAACCCACAACAGUGCAAUCAGUCUGUAGAUGCAAUCCAGGACCCUGCAUUCACUAUAUCCGCUCUCCCCGGACCCUGCAUUCACUAUAUCCACUCUCCCCCCGGACCCCGCAUUCACCAUAUUCGCUCUCCCUGCACACUGCAUUCACUAUAUCCACUCUCCCCGGACCCUGCAUUCGCUAUAUUCGCUCUCCCUGGACCCUGCAUUCACUAUAUCCGCUCUCCCUGCACACUGCAUUCACUGUAUCCGCUCUCCCCGGACCCUGCAUUCACUAUAUCCACUCUUCCUGGACCCUGCAUUCACUAUAUUCACUCUUCCUGGACCCUGCAUUCACUACAUCUGGUCUCCCCGGACCCUGCAUUCAUUAUAUCCACUCUCCCCAGACCUU